AACUUCCGCUCUUUGCACCCAACACGCUGGCAGUCCAGCUGGCAAGCCCCAAGCGCCGUCCUCUCCCUUUCGCAACUCCUCCCACUCGGCUCCGUAGAGCCUGCGCGCCCCCGACAUGGCCUACGACCCCCAUUCCGAGUACCAGCCUCCGCCGCGGGCCUACUACAGCCAGCAGCAGCCCGCUGGUCCCUACCAAGACCCCCACUACAACAACGGCUACGCGCAGGAGCAGGGUCACGCAUAUGAUGGGUACUCGCAAAAUGGAUACCAGGGCGGCUAUCAGGAGGGCUACUACGACGACCAGUAUGGCCAGGUGUACGGAGCGGAACAAUACCAGGGGCCGCCGCCUCCAAUUCCACAACGCCUAGACGGAGGCACUAGGAUGAUUGGCGGCCAGCCUCCGCAGGCUCCAAACUUCAGUCGCGGUCCCCCGAGACCCGUGGAGCAGAGUCGAGGUAUGCCCCCGCGCGGUCCGCCAGGCCCUCAGGGCAGCGGCGGUUAUGGCUCGCCCAUGCGCGCUCGCGGCAUGAGCAACGCGACGUCGACCCCUCGUGGAACGCCACCGCAGGUCCGACCCGGAGGAACUCCGCGACAGGGCUACGGUCCUGCCGGCGGCGGACCUAUGGGGCGUGGCGGCGGGAUGCCGCCUCCAAACGCACAGCGCCAGAUGCCUCCGCCAGAAGCAGCGAAUUUCGACAACCCGUUUCCCGCUUUUCCGAUGCGGAAAAGCCCUCCGCGAGCCCAAGGUCCGCCGAUUGACGAUAGGAUGGCAAACAUGAGUAUACAGGAAGGGCGCCCUAGUGGAGAUUACCCUAGACCUAGUGGAGAUUAUCCCAGGCCGAGUGGAGAUUUUCCCAGACCAAUGCAGCACGAUUUGGACUCGAUAACGCCGCGCCCAAGCGUGGAAGCCAUAAGACCGCCAUGGGUUGGCGGAGCACGCCCGUUCAGCCCGUUGCAAGAGGUCGCUAGAACAGGGGCAUAUUCGCCUGCACCUGGUGGACGACCUACCCCGCCACUGCAAGAGCCCUUCGAACAUCGCCCAAUACCCCCGCAGCGCUCUCAGACUGUUCAGCCGGCGAACGAGAUUGGUGGAUUUAGGAUGCCGUUCGCUUCCUCGCCUCCGGGAUUCCGGAUGCCGUUCAUGUCUUCCCCGCCGGAGCCUCGCGGGCCUCAGCGUUCGAUGACAAUGCCGCAAAACCACCACGAUAGUAUGCAAUCCAUCGAGUCGUCAUCGUCGUGGAAUGACCGAGAGCCUUCGUGGGCUGAGCCAGGACCGAUGGCUGGUUACCACGGACCCGAGGACCCAAGUUUCAUCCCGCGGCCUGGCACCGCAGGCGGUUCGAGGAAACCGCAGAUAGUGGACCCGACGGCUUACAACGUACCUUUUACGCCCCCGAGGAUCGAGGAUAAACGCGAGAUGAUGGGGAGCAUAGAAAAUGCCUACCACCCCCCACCGAUGCCUAAUAUUAACCAUAUGAUGCCGCCGGAGGACAAUCGUCUUCAGAAUAUGACGAGCAGAGAUGCUGCCAUCGAGGCUGAAAUGCCCGAUUUUGAUAACAUUGAUCCAUCUGCGACUACUCACAAACGUGGAUUGUCCUUCGAGAAGCAUUUGCAGAGCCCGCCGGGCAACGCUGCUGGCGGACCACAACCCAUGCCGUUUUCCCCGCCUACCCUUGAACAGCGGGGGCGGUCCAACACUGGGGGGUCAAACUUCAACCAGCAAGUGCACAGGAGCAGAUCUCAGCCGGACCUCAACCGCGGUAACCCAGGAGGAAAUGGCUUCGUUGCGGAAAUGCCCGGUGACGCUCCUCCGAUCCCUCAACUCCCUCGCAGCAACACAUUCGGCCAAGGAUAUACUGGUCCCGGCCAGGAGCCUCCCCCUCGACCUAAUACUGCUGGUGGCAGGCGUCCUGGUCCUGCACCGCAUCAAGGAUUUGGAGGACCACACCCACCACAUCCACCACUCCCAGGACAGCAGCCCCGGGGCCCGCCACAGGGCCCGCCACAGGGCAGGGGACCUCCGCCAGGCCAUCACCCACGCGGUCCACCACCCCCAGGAGCUCGUUUCUACAAUGGACCGCCAAAUCCAAAUUACCCGCCGAUGCAGCGUAGCAAUACGGACCAAAUGAGGCCAACCCCGGGUCAAGAUCCACGCUUCAAUGGCCCGCCGCCCCAGUCAGCACCGCCUGAUCAUCGGGCUCGCGGUCCUCCCCCGAUGCGCAACGGCCCUCCUAAUGGACCUCCCAUGCCAAACGGACCUAAUGGACCCAUGCGUAACGGACCUCCUCCCGGCAUGAGGCCUCCACCUGGGCCUAGAAAUGCAGGCCCGAGCCCGGGCCCGGUUGAACCCCAGCCACGCCAAAGCGAGGAUUCCCUUCCUCACCAUCCCACGCCCGUGAGAGCAGGUCUUAUGGACCAGGCCCCCCCACAGCAGCAGCAGCAACCUACGUCUAAUAAGCCGCCGCCGGUCAGACAAUACAACGGUAACGCCAAUACGCCAGUCCCGGGCGGACCGUCUGCCAACAUCAAAAAGGGUCGUCGUAUGUCUGAUCCGAUCACUAUGGAUGGACUUGCCAGAGCCCGUAACGAUUCCAAGAACAAGCCCGAAGACAAAGCCCUGCAGCUCCGGUUCGCGAAAAAGCUCGUCGAGGCUGCCGCAGUGUUGGCUGAUGAAGGCGGACGCGCAGACCCAAGAACCAGGAACAAGAACCGCGAACGCUACACGCUGGAAGCGCACAAGAUCGUCAAGAAACUGGUGCACCAGGGGUACGGCGAGGCGCAGUUCUACCUAGCAGACUGCUACGGCUCGGGUAACCUGGGCCUCGAGUCUGACCCCAAAGAAGCCUUUGCGCUGUAUAUGUCAGCGGCCAAAGCAGGGCACGCGGCGUCGGCGUACCGCACGGCGGUGUGCUGCGAGAUGGGGGCGGAAGAGGGGGGCGGAACGCGCAAAGACCCGCUCAAAGCAGUGCAGUGGUACAAGCGAGCUGCAUCGCUAGGCGACACGCCGGCGAUGUACAAGAUGGGAAUGAUACAGCUGAAGGGGCUGCUAGGGCAGCAAAAGAGCGUCGGCGAGGCCGUGACGUGGCUCAAGCGAGCGGCGGAGCGGGCCGACGAGGAAAACCCGCACGCGCUGCACGAGCUAGGCCUGCUGUACAGCACGAAAGCGGCGACGAGCCGCGAGGAAAAGGACAAGAUCAUCCGCGACGAGACGUACGCGUUUGAGCUGUUCAAGCAGGCGGCCGAGCUGGGCUACAAGUUCAGCCAGUUCCGGCUGGGCGAGGCGUACGAGUACGGGAUGUUGGGGUGCGCCAUCGACGCGCGAAACUCGAUUGCUUGGUAUACGCGCGCCGCGGCGCAGGAGGAACAUCAGAGUGAGCUCGCCCUCAGUGGUUGGUACCUUACGGGCUCUGCGGGCAUUCUCGACCAGAGCGACACAGAGGCGUAUUUGUGGGCGCGGAAGGCGGCUUGUGCGGAUCCCCCGCUUGCGAAGGCCAUGUUUGCGAUGGGCUAUUUUACGGAGGUGGGGAUUGGGUGUCCGAGGAGCUUGGAGGAGGCGAAGCGGUGGUAUGGACGUGCUGCUUGUGAGUUUUUUUUUUUUUUUUUUUUUUUUUUUUUUUUUUUUUUUUUUUUUUUUUUUUUUUUUUAGAUUAUACAAUUACUACUUCUCAAGUGUAAAAUAGAGUAAUUAUUUAUACCCGACCGC